AUGGCUACUGAGGUGCACGCGACCUCUUGGGGAUCGCUUGACCAUGGAGCGAUGACAGCGACACCUGGUGACGUUGGUGUCACUGAACCACAAAACAUCCAACGUAAAGAAUCCAACCCUCACGAGCAGGACUGGGCCGACUUUGUCAAGAACUAUCUCCAAACAGGCGGCGCAGAGCCAGCUCCCACAGACGGCAUGAGCCUCAGCCUCCUUGGUCUUGAUGAGAAUAUGCCGGCACAGUUCCAUACGAUGAAUAACUUCGUGGACCAAGACCCAGCUUCGGCGACGACAAGCAGCUCGCUGUCUUCAUCAGUAUGCGACCCGGAUAGUGCUCCGCAACCCUAUCAGACUUGGCCUUCAGUCCACCAACAACACAUGAUGGGAUAUGACCAGCCUAUGUAUCAGCCGCAUGCUGGACCAUGGUAUCCCGACCCGCACUUUGACCAACCGCUUAACUUCGGCAUACACCAAGCGGACGCUGGGCUUGGCAUUCAGAUGCCGCCCACUUCAAACCCGUUCGAGAACUCUCAUAUGCAGUUCAAUCGAGCCUACACGGACCACGAACCACCUGUCCAACGUGCUGAAGGGUUGCCCGACAUGAGCAACGGUUGGACCAGACACGAGCAGAGCGUCACUCCUCACGACGACUUGUUCGGCGAGGAAGAGGAACGUGAGGGAGCCGAUCCUGCCGAUCCAUGCUAUGCACAGCUGUUGUAUCAGUGUCUCAAGGAAGCUCCAGACUAUACUCUGUCGCUUCGAGAGCUUUACGAGUGGAUCGCACAACACAGUCAGAAGGCCAAAGACCCGAAGAAUCGCGGAUGGCAGAACAGUGUGCGCCACAAUCUGUCCAUGAAUGCGGUGAGUCUCGCGAUGCGUAUCCAACAUCGGCUCCGACUGACAUUGCUUAGGCCUUUGCGCGCGUCCCUCACGGCACCCACACUGGUGCGAAGAAGGGCAGUCUCUGGCGCUUGACUGAAGAGGCGUUGAGGGAUGGUGUCAUAUCCACAACUCGCUAUCGCAAGGACCCGAAGCGCAAACCAGAACGUCGUGCUGUCCCAGCACUCAGUCGCCAAACUUCUGGAGCCAAAGGCGGUCGCGCAACAAGAGAUGCCACACGUUUCCGACAGCAGCAACAGCACCGAGCUACUUAUGGCUACCCUCCAACGCAUCGCUUCCGCCGCAUGGAUCGUCCACAGUACAGCCCAUACAUGAGUCGCUCUGCUGAGGCGUCACCUCAACCGAAUAUGAUACCUCCAACACCAGCGUCAAGCCCAUUCUAUAUGGACGACCCUGCCAACAUGCCACUGCCGUCAUCUGCACCGCAGACCCCACCAGGCCAUUUCCAUCCAGUUGCGAGCACUCCUCCACCGGCGUUUCACCUUAUGGACAGCAAGCCACCAGCACCAUAUCAUGCCAACUUCGAGCUACUGCCGCUUGACUACCCGCAGCAGACCAUCUUUGGCGACCACGAUCCGGAAAUGUCUCAGCACGACCCCAACACGCCAACGCCGAGCCUAAUGACCGAGGCUAGCUUCAUGACGGAUGACAACAUCCCGCCGUCGGCCAUGAUGAUGGGUGAUAUGGGUCAACAGACUGGCUUCCAGUAG